AUGUCUUAUAAAAUAGUCCUUGAUUCGGUAGAACGAGAAGUACUCCAGAUUCCAACUAAUUAUAAAAAAGUACCUAUAGAGAAAGAAUCUCUUUCACAUCAACAACAAAAGCAACCGAUUUUAAAAAAAAAUCGUUCUAAACGUCAGCAACAUAAAGAACAAGAAUAUGAAGAACAACAAGAAUAUCAAGAACAAGAAUAUCAAGAACACGAUGAACAAGAAACACCACAUCUAAGAAGGAGUUUGCGACUACAAAAAAUACAAAAACCAUCGAGUAAACCACAAAGGGAACUAUCAAAAAAGAAAAAUGUGAAUGUAAUUGGUAAAUUACAAUCUUCAGCAAUUAGUGUUUUGCUUCAAUGGCUGAUACAACAUGUGCCCAUAGGACUUGAUCCACAUCAAGGAGAGUGA